GCGACUGUAGCUACUAGUCCGUUUUGAAAAACGCCUUUGUCUUUAUGAAUUACUGGGUUUGCUGAGGGUGAAAUAUGUCUAAAACGAUAUAUGAAUAGUAAGAGUGAUAAAGUUGGAACUAGUAUCGAUAGUGUUUCUGAAAGGCAUCUAUUGCAAAUCGUCUUUGGUCCUUAUAUAGUUGGAAAGGAGGGUAACAUUAGUAGUACGAGUGCUGCUGAUCCGUUUUUUUCCCAACACACUGAAAGUCAUGCUGUUGAAAGUGGUGGUAGUUGUAGCUGUCAAAAAGUGAAAAGGAGACACAACAUUUUGUGCAAACAGGUUGCGUUUGGAUAGUAUACAAAGCAUCUCUAAAAGAAGCUCAUGAAAGAUUGGUUGAACUUCUACAAUGUUACACAAGUGCACGCAUUGAUAUCAUCGUUUCCGACUAGAGUUUUUGGUUUGACUCUGAAGAUAAAGUCCGACUUUUGGUA